CUGCUGUCCAAUGGGGCACUGACAGGAGUGAAGCGCGUGCUUGUGUGCGCGCGCUGUAACAGAAUGUGGGACAAACUUUUAUUUUCUCUGCUUUUUCUACUCUUUUGCUGUCACGAGCCCGGACAUGCGCAGAAAAAGAAAGAGACUCUGGUGUCAGAGAAGGUCUCCCAGAUGAUGGAAUGGGCCUCCAAACGCUCUGUCAUCAGGAUGAACGGGGACAAGUUUCGCCGCUUUGUGAAGGCCCCACCCAGAAACUACUCUAUGGUCAUCAUGUUCACGGCGCUGCAGCCGCACAGGCAGUGUGGCGUCUGCAGACAAGCAGACGAGGAGUUCCAGGUGCUGGCUAAUUCUUGGAGGUACUCCUCAGCCUUUACCAACAAGGUCUUCUUUGCGUCUGUGGAUUUUGAUGAAGGAUCGGACGUCUUCCAGAUGAUGAACAUGAACUCUGCUCCCACUUUCAUCCACUUCCCGUACAAGGGGAAGCCGCGCAAGUCAGACACAUACGAGCUGCAGGUGCGAGGCUUUGCAGCCGAGCAGCUGGCUCGAUGGGUGGCCGACAGGACGGACGUACAGAUUCGGAUCAUUCGGCCACCUAACUAUGCCGGGCCCCUUCUGCUGGGAUUCAUGCUGGCUGUGAUUGGGGGGCUUGCCUACCUGAGGAGGAACAAUCUGGAGUUUCUCUUCAGCAAGAAUGUCUGGGCCUUCUCUGCGCUGUGUUUCACCUUGAUCAUGACCUCAGGACAGAUGUGGAACCACAUCAGAGGACCUCCGUACGCACACAAGAACCCGAGCACCGGCCAAGUGAGUUACAUCCAUGGCAGCAGCCAGGCCCAGUUUGUGGCUGAGACUCACAUUGUCCUGCUCUUCAAUGGUGCUGUUACAGCUGGGAUGGUGCUGCUGUGUGAAGCUGCCACAGGUGACAUGGAUGUGGGAAAAAGGAAGAUGACGUGUGUAGCAGGCAUCUUUCUGGUGGUGGUUUUCUUCAGCUGGCUGCUGUCCAUCUUCAGAGCAAAGUACCACGGUUACCCGUACAGCUUCCUCAUCAGUUAGGGCUUCUCGUCGCCUCGUCCAGGUUCAGGAUGAACUUGAAUCUGUCGGUGUGCAGGGCGCUGCUACAGUGACCAGCGGUCCUUGAGAAGGGCACGUGGUGUUCAGGCAUCCAGCGGCCCAGCCCUCACACCGCCUUGGAGCUUCCUCAGCCGCCUUCUACCAAACGUGUCUUCUGGGUUGUUACUAUGAGGAAUAAAUGUUUUUAAAAAUAAAUUGAUCUCAUUAAUCAAA